AGGAGGCGUGGCCAGAGGGCGAGGUAAAGCCUGAUAGACCCAGAGCCGUGGCUGAAAUGACGCUAUCUCCGUAGUUACUGGGAACGUAAAGAUCGCUCAGCACAGCGGCGGGAAAAUACCUGGAAGUCCUCUCCGCUGCAACAACGCUGAACGUUUUUGGCCGGAAACCGAAAGCAGAAAUCGGAAGUGACGUCGCUAUCAAAACAAGCCGGGGCUUGGUUGGGGCCCUGCAGUGAGUCUGGCCGCAGAUGGAGAGGCCCGACUCUCUGUGGGCUGUCGAGAGUGGUCGCCAGGCCCUGCGCCCCCACCCGGGCAGCCUCCAGUCCCUGUUCCCGGGACCAGCCCGCCGCGGUUGAGCCAGUUUCCGCCCGCCGUGCCGGAGCCGCGCUGGGAUUUUUUUCGGGCAGAGCUGGCGGGUGGCGACAGAGCGAGACUUCCCUCCCUGCCACAGUCUCCCCUCCAGCGGGUUCCUGUCCUGGGACGCCGGGACACCUGUCGCCUAUGUUUUAAUACGCAAAUUGAAAGAAUACAUAGUAUACCAUUCUCAAACCAAGAGGAAAUCAUGAAGGAAUGUUUUAACUGUUGAAACUCAGUUGAAAUCAUGGCUACAUCAGCAAAUCUGGAUAUUGGAGCGCAGCUGAUAGUGGAAGAGUGUCCUAGCAGUUACAGUCUAAGUGGCAUGCCAGACAUUAAAAUAGAACGUCAGCUGGACUCAAGUGCGGAAGAGGGACCGGCUCAGGGCGUUGCUGUGGGGAUGAAGUUCAUACUGCCUAACCGGUUUGAUAUGAAUGUCUGCUCUCGGUUUGUGAAGUCCUUAAAUGAAGAGGACAGUAAAAAUAUUCAAGAUCAGGUUAACUCUGACCUGGAGGUGGCAUCUGUCUUAUUUAAAGCUGAAUGCAAUAUCCAUACAUCUCCUUCUCCGGGAAUUCAAGUAAGGCAUGUCUACACUCCGUCUACAACAAAGCACUUCUCACCCAUAAAGCAGUCAACUACUUUAACCAACAAACACAGAGGAAAUGAGGUCUCAACCACACCUCUGUUAGCAAAUUCUUUAUCUGUUCACCAGCUGGCUGCCCAGGGAGAGAUGCUCUACCUGGCUACUCGAAUCGAACAAGAAAAUGUUAUCAACCACACGGACGAAGAAGGAUUUACCCCUCUGAUGUGGGCUGCAGCACACGGGCAAAUAGCUGUGGUAGAGUUUCUACUUCAGAAUGGCGCAGAUCCCCAGCUUUUAGGAAAAGGUCGGGAAAGUGCUCUGUCGUUGGCCUGUAGUAAGGGCUACACAGACAUCGUCAAAAUGCUGCUGGAUUGUGGAGUUGAUGUAAAUGAGUAUGAUUGGAAUGGAGGGACACCUUUGCUUUACGCUGUACAUGGAAAUCAUGUGAAAUGUGUAAAAAUGCUCUUAGAAAAUGGAGCGGACCCAACAAUUGAAACUGACUCUGGGUAUAAUUCUAUGGAUCUAGCUGUAGCCCUGGGCUAUAGAAGUGUUCAACAGGUUAUUGAGUCCCAUUUAUUGAAACUGCUUCAGAACAUCAAGGAGUAGACAGAGUCAUCAGAAAGUGUCGUCUGCCCUUCGGUUUACUUUUGGCCCUUACAAAUGAUAGUUUUGUUUACUUAUAAAUUUUUACCUCAGUUGCAAUAUUUACUGAUUUUUAGUAAGUUUUAAUAAGUAUUCCUCUGAGUCACUGGUUUAUAAAAAAGUUAAUGUUGAUGCUUUUUUUAUAAAUGUGUUUUACUGCAUAUUUAAAAUUAUAAAAGUGAGUGUUUUGUGGCAUGUAAAUUUUUAUGGUACAGAUGGUUAUCUGUCUUUGUAUCAAGUGCUGUAAUUUAACGUUUUCAGAAAUUAUUCCUCCCUAUUCAUCUUCACUCUUGUAUUAACUCAUUGACUUUAUAUAGGGUUUGCUAUAAAUCCAUAGAAAAAAAUUUGUUAUUAUUGAAUUUCAAAAUGCACAGUGUGAUUGUUUACAAAAUGAUGUUAUAAAUGAAUAAAGUCCUUCUUUGCUGUU